CAGUGGUGAAAUAAAUGAAGCCUUGUAUACACCUGUUGAAGAGUACUAUCUUUGUAAUACAGGAAACACUGAUGCCAUUGAAAAAAGUUUUGUUGGAUCGCUAAAAUAUUGCGCCAUCUUGUGCACAAAACAUGAACAAUGUGUUCGGUUUAAUUAUAACCAGGGCAGCGGUGAGUGCCACCUAUGGGCGGAUAUGGAUAUACAUUAUUUACUGAGAUGGUCACAGUGGACAUAUUAUACCAGCAAGCCAAUCACAGGUUUUAUUCUCCUGAGAAGUGACUGGGCCUAUGAUCUCCCAUUUCUGACAGAUGCAAGAGAUUUAUGCCAUCAGUUCGGCUUUAAUCUGGCGACAAUGUCCGAACUAAAUACUGCCCACUCUGUGAACAGUUUUGAUGUGUGUGUGUUUGGCUGGGUGAAUGAUGACAGUGGUGCAUAUGGCCACCAAUGUUUCUCUAGCUUUGACAGUGGCUGCACGGGUCUUGCACCAACUGUCUACUGUGGAUAUUACUUGUCUGAAACUGGGACAACUAAAGCCCUUCAGAAAUUCAAUGAGGUUAAUUCUAUAUUGCGAUGUGGCUCAUAUUGUACCAAUCAGGAACUAUGCGUUGGGUUUAAUUAUAACCUUGGAAGCCAUGAGUGCCAUCUAUGGGCAGAUAUGGAGAUACACUAUCUUCGGAAAAUGGGCACAUGGACACAUUUUACUAGCAAGCCUCUUAAAGGAUUCUACCUCAUACGAAGUGCCAAAGCCUACGACCUCCCAGAUGCCACAUCAGCUGAUGCGCUAUGUCAACAGUUCGGAGGCCAUGUAUCCACAAUGGUAGAUCUAAAUAAUGCCCAUUAUAAUUCUAAGUUGGAUGUAUGUAGAUUCGGAUGGGUGAAUGACAAUGGGUUUGCCCGUCAAUGUUUCUCAUCUUACAAUAAAUCGUGUAGUCCUCAGGCUCCCAUUGUUUUCUGCGGAGGAAGUCCAAAUGGAAAUGCAAAUGCAUUUUGUACAGUGCCAUAG